CCAAUUUUUUGGGACAGUUAAUCACAACGUCAGCGUACAAGCCGACUAGAAUUUCAAGUUAGCGGUUCUGUUAAAUGAUCAUGAGUAAUAGCGAAUAUAGACACCAUCGGCGACGGCUGCAAACGUGGUAUACGCCCUACGGAAAACCGUUCAAAGCAACUGGCCGAACAGCUGUGGACAAAUAAUUGACGAGCGGUGCAAAUGCAUUUGCAGCGCGCGGGUGAAAGUCUGCACUCUGCAGUUCGUCACUUCGUAUGCGUGUUUCACAUUCAAAUAAUCGUGAUCGCGUAAGCAUGAGAAAAAGCUGACGAGAAGAAAAAUGUUUUCGAUGAAACGCGGCUAUGAGUAACACGGGUAAUAUUUGUAACUUUUACUCUUUAAGCAAUAUACAUCUUGGCCAUCAAUUUCGGCAUUUUUCAAUUUCUCAAAAAGUAUAAUCGUUUAUCAUAAUCACCCCUAGCUGGCAGUGCAUACAUUACCCGAUCAAUGUACACAUCUGCAUUUCCGUUUUGACCGAUAAAUCAUUCAAAUUCAACGGCGGCAGUUCUUCAUUUCUUUGGUGCACGUUAUAGCUGCGUGGUAAUUAUUUAUUUGCUGGUUGUGUGUGCAUGUGUAUGUACUGUGUACCUUUGGAAUCACACGAUAUCGUAUCAAGUUCAGCCAUCCCCCGCAUUUGCACCUGACAGUGACAGCAGCAUGUUCACCGCAUUAUCAUCGUGGACAUUCCAGGUGGCCAGGAUAAUUUUGUAAUUUUUGUUCCCCCGUUGCAGGCGUUCGCAGUGUGAUAGUAUUCAUUGGUCUUAUCGCAUUAUCUGCACCCAGUCUGACGGACGGGACAACAUUUCUGCCGUGCUGUGCACAUUCCGAUGUAGUGCGAUUUCGGGAGAAUAUUCCGUUCGUCAGCAUAUUUUACGGACAUCUGAAUGAUCUGAUAUUCAUUGUAUUAAUUGACAGAUCGCGAUUACACGGCUGCAUUACAUUUACAUAUGUACAAUUAGUUUAAACACCAUUGCGGCGACAUUGCGUUAUUUACGUAUAUCGUGCAGCGCAACCCAACCCAAAGUUCUGCAUUGUGCCGUGUAUUGGGUGCGUUGCCUGCUGGAUUAACAAUCUGCUGCACCGAUCUGGACUAAACGGAAGUCAUCCCGUGAUUUUCGGCCAUAUCGAUGCAGGUCGCGUCUAAUUUGUCUGUGGCGGCUCGUAAACCGCCGGAACAGCAUGCCGACAAUCGGCGUUACUGGAUGGAUGAGGAGGAGGAGGACGCAGUCUACAGCGUAUUCUUGAAGAAAGUCCGCUACGCGCAGAGCAACGGAGCCAGUUUGACAUCCGACGACAAUAUCCACGGCAGUGUCUCGUACAUGGAAUGGCAAACGAUCAAAGUGCGCUUAUUAAAAGCCGGCACGAUGGAGCGCAUUAUGCAGGCGCUGAUCAACAGUGAGUAUGAAUUGGAAUCCAGCCAUGUCAACAUUUUCUUGGACACAUACCGUGAGUUCACCACGCCGGAAGUCGUUGUCGAGUAUUUACUGCGGAAUCUAUCCGCCGCCUACGGCACACCGCUGGAACGACCGACCAAACAGCUGCUCGUGAUGCUGUUCGACAAUCAUCCCGAGGAUUUCCCCGAAGCUGACGCCGACCCCGCGGUCAUCGCGGUACAGGAACACGCGGAGAAAUUCGGGGAUCUGGAUCUGAAGACGCGGAUCAAUCAGUGGAUUGUCAAACAGGAACGCUCCGCGCUACCUAAUGAAGAAGUGUUGGAAUGGAUCCGGGAAACACUGCUGCCGGUCAGCGAUGUCCCGGUAUGCCCGGCUAGCCCGUCCGACAGUCCGCCGGCGGAGGAUCUACUGAAUUAUAGUGAUAAGUUGAUUGCUGGUCAGUUGACCUUAGUGGACGCGGUAUUACUACGGCGUCUAUUGCCGCAUCAGUGUCUGGCGCAAGAACGCGCCCGCAACGCCUCCCGCCGGUCGAUGGACAGUGUCCAGGCCACGAUCUGCCAUUUCAACGCCAUAUGCGCCCGUGUACAGUCCAGUCUGCUGGGUGAUCUGGCCAUGACGGCGUCACUGCGACUCCGCCUGCUAAUUAAGUGGAUCGAUAUUGCACACUGUCUGCUGGUGAUGAGAAAUUUCUCCUCAUUGAACGCCGUCAUCUCCGCACUGCAGGCUGAACCCGUUUUCCGGCUGGAGAAGCUCUGGGCCUCGUUGCCGGUAGAGAAGCUGCAGCGGUUCAGAGAGUUAACGGGAAUCUUCACGGUACGCAAUGAACUCCAGCCGGGCGUAGCGUCGGCGCAUGUGCCAGCUGCGAUUACGCGCAAUUACAUGACGGUUACGCGGGAUCCGACGGUGUGCGGAAAACCAUCAGCGAAGAACAUCGGACAUCGCCGAUCUUACAGCGAUAAUCCUGGAAAUGUGCAUGGUGUGGUACCGUAUUUGGGGAAAUUUCUAACGGAUCUGGUAAUGCUGGACACCGCACUGCCGGAUUAUGUCAGUCAUCGUUCAGGCUCACAACAGCGUCUGAUCAACUUCGAUAAACGGCGGAAGGAAUUCGAGAUUCUAGCCCACAUCCGCUGGUUCCAGUCGGCUGCGGCCUCUUACCAAAUCGCACCGCAUGAUCAUUUCCGCUUUUGGUUCUACAAAUCACUGCGCGUGCUCGACAGCGAAGAAUGCUUUAGCAACUCUUUCCUGAUCGAAGCACCGGCUCCCGUAUCCCGUUCGACAUCGGAAGUCUCCAGCGCCAGCGAGGGAAGUCAGCCGAAAUCACGGUCCAUGUUGAUGAACGGCCUGAGUACCCUCAAACGCAUGGUCUCUCAGGAGAAUCUGCUGAAUGCGCCAUUUCUAGUCACGCGCAAAAACUCAAUUUCCUCCAGUCAGUCGCUGGACUACCGGCGCGCCACCAGUGCCGGCAGUGCACCCGAGAAGUCACCCUAUGUGUCGGAUACCUUCUGCAUUCUGAAGAUCAGUCUGGAUGCCGGGAGUGGCGGCGGUAGUGUCUUCUACGGCGGCGUGAAUCUGUACAAGAGUGUCCUGGUCAAUGACAAUGAAAAGACAUUGGCCGUCAUUCGGCAGGCCCUCGACAAGCAAGACCGCCAACAGGAUGAGCCGGCUAGUUAUGACCUUGUGCAGGUGCUGUCACGAGGGGAAGAAUUCGUGAUACCGGCAGAUGCCACGGUAUUCUAUGCAAUCAACUCAGCCGAAAGCGACUUGAGAUUUAUAUUACGACGCAAGAUCGUCACCCUUCCUCCGAAAUUUGCCCAUGCCACUUUGCCGAAAAGUUCCUCUAUGACCCGAUCAUCGAAAGCCACAAGGAACAACUUCAAGAAGUGGUCAAUAAAAACCAUCACACGUUGUUGAUAACACAAUUACUGCUGCCUUUCUGAAAAAUUUUACCUGCAAAUUUUUCUUUGUACAGUAAAUUAAAUUUAAGUAUUUUUUGUUAUGUUAAUCAUGCUGCAAAAGACGUAAUAACACUGAGAGCAAUAAAGCUGUGUAUUUGAAACUGUGA